GUGUUUUCCAGGACAGGUGUGUGGCUGUCUCUGCCCAGCCGUGGUACUCUGGAGCCAGGAUGGCGCUGGCUCCGGAGCUGUUUGACACCCCUGCCUCCAGGCUGGAUUCCUUUGUGGCUCAGUACCUGCUGCCCAGCCGGGAGUGGAAAGCGAAGAUGAAGAAGGUCGUGCGAACUGUGGAGCGGUUCCUGAGGGAGGAAGACUUCCAGGCCGAGCACCGCCUGGGCCAGGAGGUGCGGGUGCUGAAGGUUGUCGAGGCGGACUCCUCUGGAAAUGGCACGGCGCUCAGGAAUGCUGCGGAGGUGGAGUUGGUGGUGUUCCUGAGCUGUUUCCAAAGCUUCCGGGAGGAGACCAAGUUCCACCAGGCCGUUCUGAGCCUGAUACAGAAAAAACUGUGGCGUUGCCGGGACCUGCUGGCCCUCGGACUCCAGGAGGUCUACGUGGCCCGGGGAGUCCCCGAUGUUCUUGUCGUCACCAUCCAAACCAGUGAGAUCUUGGAGCUCGUCACCGUCACCAUUGUGCCCGCCUACAGGGCCCUGGGGCCUUUGGUUCCCAAUGUUCAGCCGCCACCUGAGGUCUAUGAGAGUCUGAUUAAGGCCCACGGUUACCCAGGAAUAUUCUCUCCGUCCUUCAGCGAGCUGCAGAGGGACUUUGUGAAGCAUCGGCCGACAAAGCUAAAAAACCUCCUGAGGCUGGUAAAGCACUGGUACCUGCAGUACGUGCAAGCCAAGUGCCCCAGGGCCAACCUGCCCCCUAUCUAUGCCCUUGAGCUACUGACCAUCUAUGCCUGGGAAAUGGGUACUGAAGAGAGUGAGAACUUCAGGCUGGAUGAAGGCCUUACCACUGUGAUGGAACUGCUGCAGGAUCAUGAGUGUAUCUGCAUCUACUGGACCAAGUACUACACGUUGCAGUCCCCAGUCAUUGACACCUUUGUCAGAAAACAGCUCAAGAAAAAGAGGCCCAUCAUCCUGGAUCCGGUUGACCCCACCCAUAAUGUGGCGGAAGGGUACAGAUGGGACAUAGUUGAGCAGAGGGCUUGCCAGUGCCUGAAACAAGACUGUUGCUAUGACAACCAGGAGGCGCCGGUUCCCAGGUGGAAUGUGAAGAGUGCACGAGACAUCCAGGUGACAGUGGAGCAAGGCGGUUACUCAGACUUGAUCCUCUGGGUCGACCCUUACGAGGCCAUCAAGAAGAUCAAGGAGAAAGUCCGGCGGAGCCGGGGCUACUCAGGCCUGCAGCGGCUGUCCUUUCAGGAGCCCGGCGGCGAACGGCAGCUCCUCAGUAGCCACUGCUCCCUGGCCUACUACGGGGUCUUCUCCAGCAUCCGCAUCUGUCUGCUGGAGACUUUCUCCCCGGAGAUCCAGGUGUUUGUGAGGCAUCCAGACCAGGGGACCCAUGCCUAUGCCAUGGACCCCAACAACCUCGUGCUGACCCUGAAAGGGCAGCUUGAAGACGCACUGGGGCUGCCCAGGAAGCUGCAGCAGCUCGAGUACCAAGGUCAAGUCCUGCAGGAUUGGGUGGUUUUGGGGAGCUAUAACAUCCAAGACAGUGACACCCUCAUCCUGUCCCAGAAAACAGCCGGAGAGGCUUCCUGUCCACCCAGCUAGUUUCCUCUGGGGAAUUUCGCUAUGCAUCUUAUCCAAAACUCAUCAGACACCCUCCCAGGUCUCUCUGCAAAGAAGCCUCAGACCUUACCCAGCUUGUAAACAGUUAGCCUAGCCCUGCCGAUUGGUGAGUGGGGACGGUGGUGAGAGAUCAAAGAUCCCGAGGGAUCGCUGCCAGAUCAUGCCCAGUGAAACCCAGGAGAGCCAAACUCAGCCAGACCUCUUGGUUCUCCCAGUCCUGUAAGGUCUCUGCCAUUGACAGGGGGCGGUCUGACCACUUUUCUGCCACUCAUUUGAGUAGGAAAGACCCGAGUGUUCCUUCUCUGAUCGUUUUCUGUCUCACACAGUUUCUGGCACUGGCCAGUUUUACGAUGAGACUACAGCACUGUGACCCAAAGCCUCCACAGCCACCAGUUCACAAAAUCAAACCCUAAUCUCCCUAACGACCUCUCCCAAAUGUUCAGGGUUUGGUUAAUAACUGUGACUCUUUACACUGGAUUCAAAAACCCGAUCUUUCACCUGGGGGGCAGCUGGUGGCAGUUAGGGGACCCACAUACAACCACAACGCCAUCCCUAAAUCUUUCCCCACUUCCAACUUCUGACAAACCAGAGAGGCCAAAUAUGCUCCCCUAGGCAGUCACAUAUGAUGCUCUGCUUCUAGGGAUCCUUCCCCCAGCAACUUCCCCGUGCCAGCAGCCUCUGAUCCACCCACAGUGGAUCCCUUUUCCACCGUAAAGUUUGGUCAUGUCCCCGCCUCCUUUUCUUCUCAUCCAAGUGCAAAGGAUGCUUCCCUGGCUGCAGGGAGCUGGGAAUACACAGCCUUCCCUUGUUCUCCUGGGAGUGGUCUCCAUUCGUUCCCCAGGUGCUAACACUGCCCUAGUGGCUAGUGUUUCAUUAUUUGAGUGUCUCAGCUUCGGGCAGGGAGGGCUUUGUAGGGAAAUGGAGUCGGAGAGAGACAAAGUCUUGGAGUGUGAGGAUGACAGAGGGUCAACUCCCUUCCACUCCUGAGACAUAAGUACAUCACACGACUCCUGAGACACAUAGCGCAGACCCCCAAGGGUGAACAAGACCCAAAUGGACCAUUGACUAAAGAUGACAUCCAGGAAGUCCAUAAUCGUGUGAAGACAUGCCAUCGAUCAUUAGCGAUAAGAGAAACACGAAUUAAAACAACGAUGAGAUACCACCUCACACAGACACUCUUACACAAACUCAAAAAAAGAGAAAGAAAAUGCCAACUACUAAAGCAGACGCGGAGAGACUGGCUCAUACAACGAGCUGAUGGGAUUGCAGAAUUGCACGGCCAGUGUGGAAACAGCCUCUGGGGCUUCCUAGUUGAUCUCUUAAACAAAUGCAAAUAAAAAUACCAUAUGAUCCUGCCAUCUCUCUACUCGGUACACACCCUAAAGAAAGAAACACAAGUAGAUAAUAGGCACACCUGUGUUUAUCACAGCAAUGUCUAUAAUAGCAAAAAGAUGGAAAUAACCGAAAACCCUGCCCGCGGAGGAAAGGACACAAGAGAUCUGGUACCUACACACAAUGGAAGCUGAUGCAGCCCUGAAAAAUAGCGGUGAGGCCGUCAAACACCUCGGGAUACGGACAAAAUUGGACGUCAUGAUGCUCAGCAAAAUGAGUCAAUCUCAUCAAGGCAAAUAUCUCAUGACAUCAUUCUUAAAAAGGGGGAAAGUGUUUUCACGCCAAAGGAAAAGAAUCUGAAGAG